CAGGAUCUACUCGCUGGAAAAUGCGAUGGAGGGCCUGCUUGCGCUGGGAAGGCGGGAGACAUGGGGAAAGGUGAUCGUCCGCGUUCGUGAUAAGAACCAAGAACAUGUUACAAGCAAGCUUUGAGGCCACUUGGCGGUGACUGGGGUCCCAUACAAAUUUCAUAAGCAUGUAACUCCUGUAAACUACUGGCACCCAAUAACAGCCUUCGCACCAUGCAGUACGAAGACACAGAGCCAAUCGUACGCAUACGCGAAUUGAAAAAGGAUCGAGUGAACUUUGUUCUCGAGAAUGUUGAUCUCGCCUUAGCAAACUCCAUACGGAGAGUUGUCAUGGCGGACAUUCCGACCGUUGCAAUCGACAUGGUGGAGAUUCACUCCAAUACAACAGUCCUCCCGGACGAAUUUAUUGCCCACCGACUUGGCAUGGUCCCUCUUGUUAGCGCCAACUGUGACGAAGGGAUACGUUACACUCGAGAUUGUACGUGCUUGUCGGGAUGCAAGUACUGUGCAAUCGAAUUACGAUUAGACGUCGCCUGCAAUGACAACCGUACCAUGGAGGUCACAAGCAAUCAUCUUGAAGUCGUGGAAUUUACAACAGACUCUGGGUCUGCUGAUAACGUGCAAGAAGGAGACGAAAUUGCGAAGAGAGGCGAGGAUUUUGGCAACCCAGUAGGGAAGAAUGACCCCUCUGUCCCUCCGGUCCUCAUAUGCAAAAUGCGGAAGGGUCAAGAGUUGCGAUUGCGUUGUGUCGCUAAAAAGGGAAUAGCAAAAGAACACGCAAAAUGGUCGCCCUGUGCUGCAGUCGCAUUUGAGUAUGAUCCUUACAACAAGCUAAGACACACUACACAUUGGUACGAAGCCGACGAACGUACAGAGUGGCCGCUAAGCGAAAACGCAAAAGAAGAAGAGCCUCCGAGGGACGACGAGCUGUUUGACUUCAUCGCAAAGCCACGCAAAUUUUACAUAGACGUUGAAACCGAUGGGAGCCUUGGUCCUCAAGAAGUCAUGUUAAAGGGCCUAGCGGAACUCCAGACAAAACUCGCAAACCUCAUUCUUGCUCUUAAGCCGUCGGCUGAAAUGGACAUCGUGCCUGGUGCUGUGGACACUGGAAUUAAUGGGCAGACAACUGCAUGGGCGCCGGUGGGUGGAACAUGGGACAGUGGAGCGCGUGCUGGAAGUGGUAGUCCUUCAAGGGCCGGGUGGGGGGUUCCCUCCACCUGGGAGGGUACCAGCCCGGCUCAGACAGGAAGCGCCACAAACUGGGGGACGACUAGUCCUGGGCAGGCGACAAACGCAGGCGGUUGGGGGACGAGCCCUGCUCAUAACGCAUGGGCUGGUAGCACUAGCCCGAACGUUGGAAUCGGUGGCAGUUCCACAGGAUGGGGCUCUUCGUCUCAACAAGGAUGGGGCAGUCCAAGUCAACAGGCCAAUGGAUGGAACCUAUGAGAUCUAGUCUUGGUACUCUGUCGCGUGACAGGUCGUUGCUUUGCUUGGCCGUGGUAACAACGACACUUCCUGUGGGCAUGGUGGCCGGCGGGGGCAGUCAUGUCAACUAAAGUAGAAUUAAUGUGACUGAUAUGUCUUCAUCCCGGUAUAGGAUCACUUGUACACG